AUGAAAGUUUCCAAGAACGGCACUACCGACCAAAUCAAAGAGCGGGUGUUGCAGCAGUGGCUAGAAUGCAGUCCUCGGGCAGAAGUGUUGGCGUACUCUGGAGUGUGGGAUGCAGACACGAGUGGAAGUGCUUCCACAAUGCAUCAUACCGAUGCUGGUUCCAGCCAAAAGGUUGAAGACAAUGCUGCUGCCAGUGCAGCUGCUGAUGCUCAUGGAGAAUCUGGCAAUGGUGCUUCAGGGAGCUCUGAUCUCACACUUUUUGGACGUCAAACCUUCUCGAUGGUUCUUGCAGAUGUUGAGGACAAGACCAACUUCUACACGGGGAUCAAUGAAGGUCCGGCGUUGCAAUCCUUGCCUGAACCAACAACUGCGGAGACAGUUGCUGCAGCAACUGACGGUGUCCUACCUCUUGCAGCUUUAGUGAAGAUAUCUCAGGGCUUCCAAGAGACUGUUGAUGAUCCGGUAGCAGUUUUGCUGGCAGGCAUUUUGGAGAUGAAGAAACCCAAGCUAAAGCGGAAGAUUGUUCGCCGGGUCAUUUUGGGACCCAGGAACCUUUUCAAUCCAGAGGUCUUGAAGGAUGAGUUGGAUGCUACUGGGUUGGAACUUUGGGGCCUAGUUUGGCAUGAGAGUUGGCCUGUUGAUCUCCAGUUAUUUGCAGCUGGUGUGGGCAUUGCUGACCACAUGGAUGGCUUGUACGUGGGAAAACUUUCACGGAACGCCCCUGCAGAUCUUUCAGAAGGAAACCAGUGGCUCUCCUCGAAGUUUCUGGACUUUGGUGCUAUUGAGGUAGCUGAGUUAGCAGCUGAGACUGUUUCCAAGAGAGCGCGUGCUUCAGACACCACUGUGGAGAAAGGCAUUGAAGAUGCCAAGAUGGAGCAGGAGAAAGGUGAGCAGAUGAAAGAUGCAUUGCAUGCUUCUUUGCUUCAGAAAUGCAACGAGCACAAUGAGCUUGAAGAGAUGUCCAAAGCAUGGCAGGACUUCACUUCCAAUAUCCUACGCUCUCCAGAGGUUUUGGCGUUGGGCAAAAUCUCUGCAUUCGCCUUGGGGCAGAAGCUUGGCCUAGGUCAGGAGCAGGUGCAUUCUCAUUUGAUGGCAGAGCUAGCGGUGGAGUUAGCAGUUGAUGCAGGCAAGCUCAACACUCGAGACGAAGGUGAUCCCAAGUGGCUACAAGAAGAGUUUCCCUCAUGCGAUGUCAUCAAGGUAGCUUUUUACCUUCAGAAGCAAACUCAGGACAAGAGUGCCAAAGCUCUAAGGUCAUUGGAAACCAUGAAGCGAAAGUGUGGGUUAGUGCAGAAGUCCCAGACCAACAAGAAACUCCGUGCAAUCCAAGCAUUGGAAAAAGCUGUUGCAAAGCUUGAUCCUGACCCAGACACAGUGGAACAGCAGCUGGCAUUGAGGAAUGUCCGGAACCGUGCCCGCACAGGAGCAAAGAAGGAGAAAAAGAAAAGAUCCUUCGAUGAGGCAUUCAAAACUGCUGAACCCAAAGUCAAAAGAGCGGCUAGGAUCAGCAUUUUCCAGAAGGUUCAGAUUGUGGACUUUGCGGAGAAUUUGUUGCAGACCCAGAAGCCUAUCUCACAAGGUCGAAGGAAGAGAAAGGCUAAACCUACAGCGGGCAAGCAUCACGUGAGGGUCAACUUCCUCCGUGGUGUCAACUUGCAGCGGGCUUGCCAGCAGAAAUUUCCACAGCUUGGCAGAAUAAAAGUAGUCACAGUCCGGAGAUUGGCCAGAGAAUACAACAAGGGCCUCGAGAAAGCCCGGCAGAAGGCAAUUGAUUACAAUAACAAGCUGAUGCAAGAUCUCAAAGAUGCUGGCGUCAAAGCCAAGUACUUGUCCUCAUCCUUUGUUCCGAUUCCACAAGCUUGUCCAGAGAACCUGGAUAUGAAGUGGGUUCGGAGAUUCCUCAAGGCUUACCAGUGGAAAAAGGUUGCCCGCAACACUGCUGGCGAGAAGCAAGAGGGUCAUGUCAUCAGCAGAUCGGACUACGUGCCGGAUGCCAGAAAGAGCAUCACUGUCGUCACAUCUUCGUGGUCCGAUGGUACAGCAGGACCACUUGGUCUUUGCUUCCCUGAUGGAAGCCUUCGGCAGGAGGAUGUGGACACAUUCAAUAAAACCCAUGAGGGAGUGGCCAUGAUCUUUGCAUCGCAAACUUCUUCGCACUUCAUGACAGCAGAGACAUUUAUGGUAUACCUCCAUGGUUUGCUGACACCUGCAUUGUCGCUUCAGAGAAAGAAGUUGGGCGUGGCUUCCUCUACAAUGGCUUUAUUGCUCUGUGAUGCUUGGACUGGGUUCCAUGCGUGCAAGAACGGGCUCGAUGCGGCCGGAGGAUUCAGCGCGAAUGCGCAGCCGGUGGAUCAGUUGCAUCACCUGCUGCGCGCGCGGAUGGAGGUGGUUGAUGCUGAAGAGAUCAGCUGCGAGAGCGACUUACGAGAGCGUCCGCGCUACGAUACAUUGCCCAUCGGAACAAGCGGGCAACCAGUUCGCAACAAGGUGUACACUCGCACCUCUUUAGCAGAGCGAACUCUUCGUGCUUGGCUGUCGGUGCCGCGCAAGGCAUUCAUAUCAGCAUGGGUAGCAACCGGAUACUUCCAAUCUGAGCACUUUCCAGAGGAGCAACUGACUCCUGCACAGGCCAGAGAGGCGCUAGAUCCUACGGGAAUGCUGCUUUCCCUGGGCAUAAAGAAUGAUGUCAUUGCAUUUGGUUCCUCGCAACCCGAGAGGUGGUACUGGGCGCUGCGGAUGGAAGACGGAAAGGCAGCAGCACUGCCAAGUAUCAUUGCAACUUCAGUUGAGAAACUGGUUUGCCAGCACCGCCGCGAGCGCCAGAUUCUCCACACAAAGAAACCAUCUGGCUGGAAGAAGAAGCUAGAAGAUGCAAACCAGAGAAUCGGGUCCAUCGUCUACAAUGUCCGCCAUGGAUGCCUAGCUUCAACUGCCUUCUUGAAGCGUUCCACGACGCGGAUCAACGGCAAGGUGGAAUUCACAAGCAAGGGCGCUGGACACGAAAUUCUCAGGGUUCACUUCGAACUUGACGGUGAGGAACCGUCAGGGCCGGGCACCUACUAUUUGUCGAGCCUCAAGUUCGAAAAGAAAGCCAUUUGUUGUGUGAAGUCUUCUGGCCAAGAGCGAGAUGAUGCCAGCUCUGUUGAGGAAGAAGGUCAUAAAGAAGGUGAUGAGGAUGAGACCGAUACAGAUCCUCAAGAUACCGGUGAUGGCCUCAUGGCACCUCCAGAUGUGGAACCUGCAUGCAUUGAGGAACAAGAACUUGAUGAGUCCACUUCAGAUUCAGAAGGUCUUGAGGAAUAUGAUGGUGAUGCAGCUGAGAUUGAACAUGAGGAGCCUGUUCCCGCUCCAGAGCUGCCAGCCGGAAUCAAUCCCGGUGCAGCGAAUCGCAUCAAGAGAUACCACCUCUCUCCUGAGUGGUUGCAUUUGCAGGAUGCUGGUAACCACCUCCUUGUCUUGCCCGAUGUUGAAGGUUGUGGCGUGAACCGCCACCCUGCUGGAAACUUUUGGAGUGCCCGGUACCCAGGCCACCCCAUCAUGACGGCGACAUACUCCGUGUCCCGCAGUCCUUUGCGCUGCCUUGUGAU